UGCCUGUAAAAACUUUGAGCGCAGCGGCACAGUGUCAGUGACUUUAGCGAGCAGCUGCUACUGUCCAUCACACUGUAGAAACACACUGGCUGAGGCUCAGUGUCCAGCUCAUGGCUGAUAGACAAAACAGACGCAAACACGCUCGACAACCACACGGGCCCAUCAUGGGACACUAGCCACCAGCUUUUAAUAGAGAGACAAAUGAACUCUUCGAGCCACGAUGAAGAACAUACGAAACAUUUCAGCCUUAUUUCUGCUGGUUCUGGUGACCUGGAGCGACGGGAUGCCGACAGCGCCUCGUAUCAUCACCUUAUUAGAAACCGUAGAUGUUCUACAGGACCACAACGCUACCUUCAUCUGUGAAGUGAAGUCCCAUCCCCCUGUUGACAUUACCUGGACCAAAAAUAACCAUCCAAUAAUGUACUAUGAUACCCGGUACAUUACCAGGGAACAGGGUCAGAUGCUGAUCAUCCCUCAUGUACAAGAAUCAGACAGUGGCGAGUACUGCUGCCUCGCCAAUAAUGGUUUUGGAGAUCCAGCGAAGAGCUGUGGCGCUCUGCAGCUAAAGAUGAAGCCUCAGAUUAAACGUCAUCCUACCAACUUAACACUUCUGGUUGAAUCCAAAGCAGUGCUGCCCUGUGUUACCCUGGGCAAUCCCAAACCUGAAGUGAAUUGGCUCAAAAACGACGAGCUCAUUAAGGUCAGUGACCGUGUCAGCAUUCUGGACUACGGUGCAUUGAAGAUCCAUAACAUCCAGAAGGAGGAUGCAGGACAGUACCGCUGUGUGGCCAGGAACAGCUUUGGUUUGGCCUUUUCGAAGCCCGUCACCAUCGAGGUUCAGAUUCCAGCACGAAUCCUGCGGGUGCCAAAGGACAAAAGGGUAGCAUUUGGUGGCCAGAUUUCCCUGGAGUGUAACGCCACAGGAAACCCAACACCCACCAUCACCUGGCUUGAAAAUGGAAAUACUAUCUCAGGUGCUUCGGUUGAGGAGACUUUGGUGGACGAGAUCGUCCUGUCUGUCCUGAAUGUGACGGUGAAUAAACCAGCUCUUUACACCUGCCUGGCUUCCAACAGACACAGUGCUGGUGCCAACACGGUGAAGGCGACUGCCAGAGUCACCGUAGAAGAGUGGAGACUGUACAAAGGAAGUGCAGGUUACUGCGGUGCGUACCGCGGAGAAGUCUGCCGCAACAUUCUGUCAGAAGAUUCUCUGGUCUUCUUUAACUCCUCGCUGUCAGAUCCGGAGGACAUGCAGGAGUUCCUGGUUCAGAGCUGGCGGGCGGAGGUGAAUGGACUUGGUGUUCCGUGUAGUCCAGCGAUGUGGUCCCUGCUGUGUCACACCUUGUUCCCAGACUGCAACCCUUCAGGGUCAGGACCUGCUCCCAAACCCGUCUGCAGAGAACACUGUCUGCUUGUAAAGGAGCUGUACUGUCUAAAGGACGUGAUGAUACUGGAGGCCAGCAAAUCGGUUCCACCUGGACUCUACAGUUCCCGAAUCAGGCCCAAUUCUCCUGGUUUGCUGCUACCAAACUGUCAAACCUUGCCAAGUCUUCAUCCAGACCCAGACACCUGUACACAGGUCUCAUUUAUCGACCUGAAGAAAGACAAAGUAACAACAACAUGUUAUAACAACAGAGGACGAUUCUAUCAAGGCGGUGUAAACGUGACGAGCUCUGGGUUACCAUGCCAACCCUGGGACAAACAGGUUCCUCACCAGCACCGUUUGUCUGUGGAUGUUAUUCCUGAGUUAUUGAGCUCAGAGAACCACUGCAGGAACCCAGGAGGCAUCAAUGACAAACCCUGGUGUUACACAACAAACCCCAACGUACGGUGGGAGUACUGUGCUGUGCCCCGAUGUGGAGAGAGCGGUUCAGGUCCAGAUAUGAAGCCAGAAACUUUGCCACCCCAUCAAACUCCUCAUUUGCCCCCAGCAGCAGCAUCCUCUCCAGGUUAUUCCAUGUCCAUCAUUAUCAUCAUCCUGAUCAUACUCGCCACUUCUGCCUUUGUUGUCAUUACUGUCCUCGCCUGCCGGCGACGGAGAAGAAAGUGGCGGAAUCGAAAGAGAGUGAUGGAGACCCCAACAUUGACUGCUCUUCCAUCGGAGUUACUGCUGGAUCGACUCCACCCCAACCCUAUGUACCAGCGGGUUCCCCUGUUGCUGAACUCAAAGCUGCUGGCCCUUGAGUACCCGCGCAAUAAUAUCCAGUAUGUACAAGACAUUGGUGAGGGCGCCUUCGGACGGGUUUUCCAAGCCAGAGCACCAGGACUAAAGGCCACAGAGCCUUUCACAAUGGUGGCUGUGAAGAUGCUGAAGGAGGAAGCUUCAGCCGAUAUGCAGAAUGACUUCCAGAGAGAAGCAGCGCUCAUGGCGGAGUUUGACCACCCAAAUAUCGUACGACUCCUCGGUGUGUGUGCAGUCGGUAAACCCAUGUGCCUGAUGUUCGAGUACAUGGCCCACGGUGACCUCAAUGAGUUCCUGCGGCGGCGAUGUCCUACCCAAUCGGUGCGCACCUUAAGCCACGCCAGCCUGUCAGGGCGAAGUCUCUCUUCUGACAUGGAGGCGGAGCCUCUGUCCUGUGUCAAUCAACUGUCAAUUUCCAAGCAGAUAGCUGGCGGAAUGGCCUACCUAUCAGAGCGCAAGUUUGUUCACCGGGACCUUGCAACUAGGAAUUGUUUGGUUGGAGAUGGAAUGGUGGUGAAGAUCGCAGACUUUGGUCUCUCUAGAUACAUCUAUUCCGCAGAUUAUUACAAAGCUAAUGAGAAUGAUGCAAUCCCGAUCCGCUGGAUGCCGCCAGAGUCCAUCUUCUAUAAUCGCUACACCACCGAGUCAGACGUGUGGGCUUAUGGUGUGGUGUUAUGGGAAAUCUUCUCCCAUGGAAUGCAACCAUACUACGGUAUGGGCCAUGAGGAGGUCAUUUACUACGUCAGGGACGGUCACAUUCUCUCCUGUCCUGAGGACUGUCCUCUGGAGCUGUACAAUCUGAUGAGGCUUUGUUGGAGCACACUCCCAUCGGACAGACCCAGCUUCAACAGCAUCCAUCGAAUCCUGGAGCGAAUGCAUCGGAACUGUGCCAACGCCGACAAUGAGUCAGACACUUGACUGCGAUUGUUUGUCGAGAAGCUCUUGGGUGCUCAUGUAUUUUGGGGCACAAAUCCUUGAAGUUGAACAGGACCUUGUUUGCCGAUGACCUUCAAUUCUCAUUACACUGUCACUAACUCUGGCUAUUUUUUAUGCAACAAGGACAAAACAAAAGAACAUCUAAGCUUCUAGGAAACAUUUUAACUAUUGAACUGCUCAUUGUAUGUCCUUGGAAGUUGGAGGAACCCAAAACAUGGCGAGCAUGCAAACUCCACACAGAAAGGACCAGGUUGGAAGCCAACCCAGGUCCUUCUUGCUGUGAAGCAACACUGCCAAUUGAU